AUGCGGCGGCGGCGGCGGCGGGGCGGGCGGGCGCUGCUGCUGGCGGCGCUGCUGGCCCUGGGCACCGCCGUGGCGCUGCGCACGCUCCGCGCCGCCCCCGCCGGGGCCCCCGCCGCGCCGCCCGCGAAGCCGCCCGCGCCCCCCGCCCCGGCGGCGGGCGGCCCCUCCUACGACCUGCACGCCUUCUACUACGCCUGGUACGGCAGCCCGCGCUUCGAGGGCCGGUACCGGCACUGGGACCACGCCCUGGUGCCGCACUGGGACCCCCGGGUCUCGGCCGGCUUCCCCCGCGGCCGUCACCGCCCGCCCGACGACAUCGGCUCCAGCUUCUACCCCGCGCUCGGCCCCUACAGCUCCCGCGACCCCGCCGUGCUGGACGAGCACAUGGGGCAGCUCCGCGCCGCCGCCAUCGGAGUGCUGGUCCUGUCCUGGAACCCACCAGGCCUAGCAGACGACAACGGGGAGCCGGUGGACAGCCUCGUGCCCUCCAUACUGGAUGCUGCGCACAGAUACGCCGUAAAGGUUGCCUUUCAUAUCCAGCCAUACAAAGGGCGUGAUGACCACACUGUGCAUGAGAAUAUCAAAUACAUCGUGGACAAAUAUGGAUCACACGGAGCAUUUUAUAAGUACAAGACCAGCACCGGCAAGAGUCUCCCACUGUUUUAUAUCUACGAUUCCUACCUGACACCGGCUGAAUCCUGGGCCAACCUUCUCACGCCAUCAGGCUCCCACUCCCUCCGCAACACUGCUUAUGACGCCGUGUUCAUAGCGCUGCUGGUAGAGGAGGGACACAAGCACGAUAUCCUCUCCGCAGGGUACGAUGGCAUGUACACAUACUUUGCGUCCAAUGGUUUCUCUUUUGGGUCGUCCCACCAGAACUGGAAAGCAAUCAAAACUUUCUGCGACUCAAACAACCUGAUGUUCAUCCCCAGCGUUGGCCCUGGCUACAUCGACACCAGCAUUCGCCCCUGGAACAACCACAACACUCGGAACAGAGUCAACGGGAAGUACUAUGAAACAGCUCUGCAGGCUGCUCUCAUGGUCAGGCCAGAGAUAGUCUCCAUCACGUCCUUCAACGAAUGGCACGAAGGCACCCAGAUCGAGAAAGCUGUACCCAAGAAGACACUGACACGCCUUUAUCUGGACUACCUUCCUCAUCAGCCGAGCAUGUACCUGGAGCUGACUCGCAGGUGGGCAGAACAUUUCAGCAAAGAGAAAGAGCAAUGGUUGAUGUGAUUUCAGGAUUUGCCUUACUUGGAAAAACAUCCCACUGACAAAGCUGCAGCACAGAGACGCGCUUCAGAAAAAAAGCACUCGAGGAGACGCGGCCACAGAACCUUCAGCCUAACCAGGCUGCUGAACGCGAGCGGCCACCUGCAAAUAUCUCAAGGACUGCAUAAGCCCCAGCUACGAACUCACAGGAGGAAGCGUUACAGGGAGCAGGAAAUCUGCAAGCAGCAGUCAAAUCUAAUUUUCUGCAGAUUUAGUACAGAUGACCCUUUCAUAGCCCCUCUGCGAUUCAGGAGAGGUGCUGGCUUGGGGGCCAAAGAUCUGUUUUUUCUUACUCUGUGUGUGUGUUGUGUGAUGUUCGACAUGGUUAGCUGGGUUCCAGCAUGCUUUUCACCAUACGCCUUUGGCCUGCUGCCUGCAGUGAUCACAUAUCCCUCACUCUGCUAGCAGCUCUGUCAGAGCAUUUCUCUAUCAGCUUCCUGUAAAGAGGAGUAAAUACUCCUCUAAAUUGUCUACUGUAGGUGAAACUAAGCCAUGCUUUAUCCAACUCUCCUAUACCAAGGAGUUCCGCAGUGGGCGUUGUCACUGUGGUCCACUGUAUCCAAAUAAUUAAAGAUAAUUAGAGCUGGAACACUAGAGACUACUUACUACUGUAUGUGCUGGAAACCAAGAAAAUGCAAUGAUCUAUACUAAAAGCUCUUAACUGAUUGUUUAGUGUUCCAUGCUUUGAAACUUUAGAUCUGAAGUUGCUUUAUCCCCUUUAGAACCAAGGAGAAAAAUAUUUGCAAUAAAAGUACAACUGAAAACACCAUUAAUUUGUGCUUCGAAAGAGGUUCAGCUCCCAGUAGCUUUCCCUUUUUUGUGACUUUAGCCAUGCUUGGACCCUUCUAAAUUAGCCAUGAAAUUAAC